AUGCCCGGGGGAAAAAGAGGGCUUGUGGCACCGCAGAACACUUUUCUGGAAAACAUCGUCCGGCGUUCAAGCGAGACCAGCUUCCUCCUGGGAAACGCCCAGAUCGUGGAGUGGCCUGUAGUUUACAGCAAUGACGGAUUCUGCAAACUGUCUGGCUUCCACCGGGCUGAGGUCAUGCAGAAGAGCAGCACGUGCAGUUUUAUGUACGGAGAGCUGACGGACAAGAAGACCAUCGACAAAGUCAGGCAGACGUUCGACAACUAUGAGUCCAACUGCUUCGAAAUCCUCCUGUACAGAAAGAACCGAAGUCCGGUGUGGUUCUACAUGCAAGUGGCUCCCAUCAGGAACGAGAAUGACAAGGUGGUUCUGUUCCUCUGCACCUUUAAGGACAUCACCCUCUUCAAGCAGCCCAUCGAAGACGAAACCACCAAAGGGUGGACCAAGUUUGCGCGGCUGACACGUGCGCUCACCAACAACCGCAACACGCUGCAGCAGCUGGCACCCAUAGGCAAACAUGAGGUCAGCCAUAAACAGUCCAGACUGGCGGAGGUUUUGCAGCUUAACUCCGACAUCCUCCCUCAGUACAAGCAGGAGGCCCCGAAGACGCCUCCCCACAUAAUCCUUCACUACUGCACCUUCAAGACCACCUGGGACUGGGUCAUCCUCAUCCUCACCUUCUACACGGCCAUCAUGGUGCCCUACAACGUCUCCUUCAAGACGAAGCAGAACAACAUCGUGUGGCUGGUGCUGGACAGCGUGGUGGACGUCAUCUUCCUGGUGGACAUCGUUCUCAACUUCCACACCACCUUCGUGGGGCCCGGCGGGGAGGUGAUCUCCGAUCCCAAGCUCAUCCGCAUGAACUACCUGAAGACCUGGUUCGUCAUCGACCUGCUGUCCUGCCUGCCCUACGACAUCAUCAACGCCUUUGAGAAUGUGGAUGAGGGCAUCAGCAGUCUGUUCAGCUCCCUGAAAGUGGUCCGCCUGCUGCGCCUUGGCCGGGUGGCAAGGAAACUAGACCAUUACCUGGAGUACGGCGCUGCCGUUCUGGUCCUGCUGGUCUGUGUGUUUGGACUGGUGGCCCACUGGCUUGCCUGCAUCUGGUACAGCAUUGGAGACUACGAGGUCAUUGAUGAAGCCACCAACACCAUCAAAAUGGACAGCUGGCUCUACCAGCUGGCUAUCAGCAUCGGAUCCCCUUACCGCUACAACGCCAGCGGUUCGGGCCAGUGGGAGGGCGGCCCUGGCAAGGACUCUCUGUACAUCACCUCUCUGUAUUUCACCAUGACCAGCCUAACAACCAUCGGCUUCGGCAACAUUGCCCCCACCACGGACGGAGAGAAGAUCUUCUCUGUGGCCAUGAUGAUGGUGGGAUCUCUGCUCUACGCCACCAUCUUUGGAAAUGUAACCACCAUCUUCCAGCAGAUGUACGCAAACACCAACCGCUACCACGAGAUGCUCAACAAUGUCAGGGACUUCCUGAAGCUCUACCAGGUUCCCAAGGGCCUGAGCGAGCGGGUGAUGGACUACAUCGUCUCCACCUGGUCCAUGUCCAAAGGCAUCGACACGGAGAAGGUCUUAUCCAUUUGUCCCAAGGACAUGCGGGCGGACAUCUGUGUCCAUCUCAACAGGAAGGUGUUCAACGAACAUCCGGCGUUCCGGUUAGCCAGUGACGGCUGCCUGCGCUCGCUGGCGGUGGAGUUUCAGACCAUCCACUGCGCCCCCGGAGACCUGAUAUUCCACGCCGGGGAGAGCGUUGACACCCUGUGUUUCGUGGUGUCGGGGUCACUGGAGGUCAUCCAGGACGACGAGGUCAUCGCCAUCUUAGGUAAAGGUGACGUGUUCGGCGAUGUCUUUUGGAAAGAAACCACCCUUGCACACGCGUGUGCUAACGUCAGAGCGCUAACGUACUGCGACCUCCACGUCAUCAAGAGAGAGGCCCUGCUCAAGGUUUUGGAGUUUUACACCGCCUUCGCCAACUCCUUCUCCCGCAACCUCAUCCUCACCUGCAACCUGCGCAAGCGGAUAAUUUUCCGCAAGAUCAGUGAGGUGAAGAAGGAGGAAGAGGAGAGGCAGCGAGCGAAGAACGAGGUGCAGCUCACCAUCCCGCAGGACCAUCCGGUCCGGAAGCUUUUCCAGAAGUUCAAGCAGCAGAAGGAGCUCCGCAGCCAGGGAGCGUCUGCCGCCUCGCAGGUGGACCUGGAGAAGAACCAGCUGCAGGUGGAACAGCACCAGCACCUGCACCCCCACAGCCUGCAGCUUGGCCACUCCAGCCUGCAGCACUCUCUGCCGCUCAGCCUACAGCGGCCCCACUCCUCCAUGCAGAACGGGGCCCCGCCCAGCAGCAGCGUGCUGACCGUGUCACAGGUCACGCCCAUGCAGAGCUCCCUGGCGUACGGCCAUCCCGGCGAGCCUCCCGCCAAGCAGAACAACUGUGAUAUCAUGGAGCUGCAGCCCAGUUCUGCCGGAGGGGGAGGUGAGCAGACUGUCCGGCUCAAAGUCAGCACCAGCCCUGCUCUGGGAAAGCCGGCCCCCAAGGCCAGCGGCUGGAUGCGCCUGAAAAAUAACAUGGCCCCAGUGGAGGCCAGGAAGGAGGGCCUGAACAACAACGUCAAGGCUGUUUCUGUGGAGAUGCUCUCUCAGGAGGGCAAAGGUUUGGAGGCAGGGGGUAGUGGGGAUGUGGAGGAGGGCGGGGUGUCGAGUAACAAUCCCCUCCGAAAGACGGACUCCUGCGACAGUGGCAUCACCAAGAGCGAGCUGCGGAUCGACCGGGCGGGGGAGGCUCGGACCCCCGCCGCGGUCACCCCGCUCCUCCACAGCCCUCUCCCCGGAGGAGCGGGGUCCCCUCACCCUUUCUGCCCCAUUCCGGAGCAGGCCCUGCAGGCCGCCCUUCACGAGACCAGGCUGGAGCUCCGGGAGGACAUCCAGACUCUGGGAGGCCGCCUGGGCACCCUGGAGAGUCAGGUAGCUGAGAUUAUCAAACUGCUGUCAGACAAGAGGCGGCCGUCCACGGGGCCGCCGUCUGCCUCCACCACACCCAAAACCAAAAUACAACGUCAGGACAUUUUCACCGUUUCCAGGCCUGUUUCUCCAGACUCAGAGAAGGACGAGGGGCUCUGAAGAGAGCUGAACCGGUGGUGUAGCGUGAUCACAUGGCACAUUGUUCUUCUACGAUCACAAUUAUCAGUUCGAGGUUACGCU